AUGCCUUUCACUCAUUCCUCCUCUUGUUUGCUUAUCAUUCAUAGAACGGACGAGACUGCAGUGUCACGGUCUGAUCGAGAAGAGUGGAUGACCAGAGACGUGUCAUCAAUCGAGGAGACAGAAGAUGCGGACGAUCCGCGCCGUGGAACGAUGGGUCAAUUCCUCAGAGAAUUGAUGGAAAUUCAUGAUGAAGAACAUCCCUCAGAGCCCAUGCUCAGUCCGGAUCAGAUAAUUGACGCGUCAUUCCGGGGGUGAGUUCUUCCAUGUCGUGUUCAUUGUCUCCGGAUCUCAUAAGCGACAAUAACCUUCCGUCAAUUGCUUAAUCCCGUCGCCAUCUCUAAGCAGGUUACUGACUUCUGGGGGUCGCCCCCCCCCCUUUCCCUUUAUUUUCUCAAAACCAAGAUCUCAUUCCAAGUCAACACCUUUUGCUUUAAUUAAGCGCGGAAGUAGGGGCAACUUAUUGUAAUUCGUUUGUGACCAUUUGAGUCUCUCUGUCAUUUUUCGAUCUGGGAAUGAGGCUGUCUAUUCCUAUGACAUCAUGAUCAGUGUAACGGAACACGAUUUAUGCCUGGGAACGCAUUCUUGCUUCAAUUCUUUUUUGGAGGAAUGAGGCUGCGCAAUCGUCUUUGCUUUUUCUUCAAUUAUUCUGUUUUAAAUACCGUAUGCCUGAGGGUCUAAAAAACAAAAGAGUCUGAAAACUUGUGGUUCAUAUAAUAAUAACCGGUGUUUAAAGUCGGAACAGCCGGUUCGGGUGAGCAGAACGGCUGGUACCCGUUCCAGAUGAGUGAAUCAGCGGCCUGCUGACUCGCCCAAUGUUCUGGCCGAUUGAUCGAGUCGCCUGGCCAUAUCGGGUGGGGAGCGAGCUGCGCGGGUGCGCCUCCUCUGGUUCCGUUCGUUCCUCGCUCCCAAUUUACGCGUUUCUCGCCCCUUCUUGAGGUGGUUUCCUCCUAAAAAAGAUGUGGCGACCUCUAAAGACACCGAUUUAGGGGCGACUGAUUCCUAUGAGAAGAUCCUCGCUGUCCACUAGGCGACGCGCGACCGCUUUCUCUCCCGUUCCCUCCAAUUCUUUACCGCACGGUUACCCGAUACUUUUGUUCGGGUUUUGUUACCUUAAGCAGUCCGCCACCCUUCUAAGUUUCCUUCUCACCUGGUUUUAAAACAAUUUCGGAUCUUCGCAGUUAUUUUUGUUUCUCUCGAAUGCAGUAACAAUUGCGGUUCUUCUUCAGUUUCGACGAGGAUCGUCCCGUGGAGGAUCUUCUGGAUCGGACCGAACCCGAACUGGCCGAAGCCGUGCCCUCGCCCUCAUUAGUGGCGCGGUCCUUGGCCAAAUCGUUGGAAGAGAGGCCCCUGGAGAAUCUUAAUAUCCAUCUGACUCCCUUCUCACUCCCCGAUUAUUAUACAUUGUCCACGGAGGUGGGGUCGCGAUCACAAGAUCAGGACCCACCUUCGACCUCGACUACCGCGAGGGUUGACAUUACUGAGAACGGUCUCCUUUCCCCGCCUUCCAUCUCUCCCACAAGAACCCAACCAAAACGAAGAUAUCAGCGACGUGGGGCGAUCAAAAAUCGCAAUUGGAAUCCAGCCAGAAGUGUAUCAUACGAUCGAUCCGAGCAAGUUAAUCGGCCACUAUUUGGUAAUCAACAAUACUCAAAUUAAAAAUAUUUUAGACCUUAAUGAUAAACCCGCAUCGCCACCCACUGAACCCAUUUACAUGAACAGAUCCAGCCUCGGGGUCACAAGGAAAAUAAGUAUGAGGCAGAAACAAGCACAACCGGUGAUGUUAAUAGGUAAGGCAGCAUUCUGAUCUCAUUUGUGGCGUUUAGAUGACCAUUCCAGUUAUUCUGGAGAUGAGGGAGCACAAUCUUCUCACAAACUCCUUAAGGACACACGAUCCGGAUCUCUGCCGUCGAUGAGUAUUCAUUCCGAGGAAGAGGGAUCCCAAGAUUCGAAUACCUGGUCCUCAACUUAUGAUAAAGAUCACGGAGAACUUGGAUUCUCAGAUCCGAUGGUGAUCUCAUCCAUCUUCAGAAGUGACUCUAAUUCCAAUUCAAUUACUGACUUUCAAGUUCUAAAUAUGCCGUGCGAUGAAAACGAUAGUCACAUUAAUAAGAAAAUGUCUUCUUCUUUGCAAGGUAAUAUCGUCAUGUGUAUAAUACUUGUUCAGAAUAUUGCCAGCCACCCCAUUCAGCCCCUCCAUUCGCUGAAGAAUCCUCACAAUUCAGCUUCGAACGACGGAAGUCAAUGAUCCAAGAGUUGCCGGCCAUCUCCGAAGAUCAAAGAGAGGAUGAGGUAAUUCUGCUGGGAUAAUAUCAUAAUUUACGUAUAACAGCUUAUUUUGUAUUAUCGGUUUCAGCGAGCCCCUAGUGCAUGUUCAUCGAUGGAAAAUGAAAACACGAUACACAGACGGAGUACGAGUGACUAUAUUCUGGACAAAAAAGAAGCCUCCCCUCCACUCGUUAAGCGGAAUUCGAUCCAAGUAAGUAUAUCACAAUGAAUCAGGGAUUCAUUACUUUAGGAGACCAAGGACAAACCCCGGCUCAGGAUUAUUACCGGGAAUCCAAAUGGAAACACCGAAGUCAUGGACGGAGCGAACGAAAGUAUCAUGGGGAAGACAUACGAACUCCCAUACUCCCCGCAUGAAGACAAGUCCAUGAUCAUCCUCAAACAGAAUGGAUCCAAGAAGAUGCAUCUGGUCGAAGGACACAAACGGUAAGCCGAAAUUCAUUCAUUCUAUGUCUCUGUCAAGCUCUACACCCUUACAUUAAAAUAAGUUAAACCAACCAACACAGCAAUUUUAAUUUUGGGUUAGCUGUCUUUGAUUUAUUGAGUAUUUUAUAAAGUAAUACUAGUCCGUUCGCAAAGUCGCUGGAGUGAGUUCGGCGACGUGCAUUGUCCAAAAAAGUGAAUGUGGGCGACAGCCCAAAAAAGCCUAUUGAGUACGUGUACUGUGCAAAAACCGAAAAUUGCACAGUGCAAAGUGAUUUUGCUUUCUUACAGUGCACGUCGCCGAAAUUACUCCAGCGACUUUGCGAACGGACAAGUAUAAAGACCCUUUGAGAACCAUUGGCGUUCUGUUUUGUUUCCCGCCAAAACCCUCCUUUAUCCGUAAAUUUAAGACUGCGCACGCGUGAGGUCAGCUUGAGACGACAGUGUGAGAACGCCAAAAUAUUUGGCAAUAGAUGCUUUCGGUGUAAAUCCAUAUUGUGGAUACGAUAUGGAAAAAAAUCUUUGAAAAAUGCAUAAAAAAUGCGUUAUGCAGAGUUUCUUGAAGUCCGUUGUUCCAAAGCCCAAAAUUGUAGAAAUGUUUUGGAUGUUUUGAUAGCGAUAGGAUACUCAAUCUUCCAUCACUCAAUAGACGGUUCUGUCAUCGAACUUUUUUUGAUUAAAAUUUUGAAAACAAAAAAGGUCCAUCAUAUAAAAUGUCCAGAACGGGAAAAUGUCGGGCGCAGCGUUCCUACCGUCUCAAUCCAAAAAAAUUACCUUAUGAUCGCCGACAGUGCGUCGGCGAAAACGGACAAAAAACGGUUUCCUCGCGGUGGUGGCCGGGAUUUUACCGAUUCCUUGGUGCUGAUGCGCACUACACCUACACGUGUGGCAAAGCGGUCACGCAGCCGCCACGAAGCACACUGGUCCACCAUUAAAAAGCAACUCUCGUCUGUAUCGUUACGGUAAGGGCUGUGAAAUGAUGCCGCUGUUGCACAUUUCUGAGUCUAAUUAUACGAAAAUCGUCUUCUCUAGAAUAUUAAGGAUAAUAUGAGAGAAACCCAUCUCUUUUCAGAACCGACCGUGAUAAGAAGCCGGGAAUGAUUUUGACCACUUUGUUGAGCAUUCGACACAAGAAAAAGGUAUGUUUUCAUCUUGGUGUUUUUGUAAAAGAUUGAAUUUUGUUUCUAAAUUUUAAUUCCUGGUUUCAGAAGGAUACCAGGAGUACGGGCAGUGUAUCUCCGAGUGGAAUCAAGCUGGAUUUGAAGAGAGCAUCGUGUGUUGAGUUCGGAGCCGUCAUAAAUCAUAGUCGGAAGUCGAGUGAAGGUAGGUUAAUAUAUUUUUUUCUAAUUUUUUUGGGGUGAGGAUGAAUGUGAUUAACAAAACUCCUAUUAAACGGUAUUUAAAACCGUUGAUUGUUUUAGAAACAGAAUAGAGAAGUUCGGGAAUGAAUUUAGACUUCCGAUCUGGGAUUUUCGUUAAAACGAGCUGGGAUUAUUAGGAAAUAGUGAAUCACUAAAUGGCCCAAUCGCUUUCUCUCCUCGCUUCUCUGGCUGAUUCAGGCCUCUGGCUUCGUAGUCGUCGUUUCCUGCUCCUUUUCUCUUUCAUUUAUAUGGUCAUGACCUCACGAAACAAGCCGGAGUACCUGGCCUGUUCUUUUCCGCUCCACUACCGGUCGGUUGGCGAUCUCCGGGAAGGUGUCGGGCGUCCUCCCAUAUCUUCCUGGACGUAUGAUGCGCCUCCGGCACUCAACUAUCCCCGUGAAAUGUCUUCUAAUUAUUGCCAACUGUAUCAGAAUCGACGAAUAUCUGGGUCUUUGGCAGAUAUCGAGCAAUUCCACGCUUAUUUCAAGGGCCACCAACGGAUAGAUGAAGUAGAUGAAGAUGUCGAUCCCAUCAGCGAUCAUGGCCUCAACAAGGCUUCUAAUUCACUGUUUUCCUUGGAGGAGAACGAGGACAAGAGUCUGUUUGUCCCCGAUGGAGUUGUUGUUACCCAUGAUUACUGCUCUCUUCCCCCCGUUUGGGUUCAACCUGCAUCCCCAUGCCUUGAAGAAACUCGGCCAAACUUCCCAGCUAUUCAGGUUCAGCGUUCUGUGGAUAUCCCAGCCUCCCAGGAAAGUGAGACCAACAUGGCAAGAAGAAGAAAGAAUUCUCUCUCCAGAAGUCCCAUUCGUGUUUCCGAUCAAUUGGUUCUCCAUAAUAUUCAAAAGGAUAAGAUCCGAGUUGAUUCUUUUAUGCUCUCCACUGAUUCCUUGGAGUCUAACACAGGUUCGAUCGCGUCUUUCUAUCGAUGGCCUUCCCUCAGAAAGAAGAAGGCCAAAUCUUGUAAAACAAAGCCGCCUUUGGAUCCGAUUAAAGUCUCCAGAACUUAUUCCGAGAAAUAUUUUAAUCCCAGCUCUCAGAAGAGAAAUUCAUCUGUGGUGGAUAACUCUUCCAUCAAAAGAAAGGGUUAGAUAAAUCGUUUUUAGAUAUUGUAGAAUGAAAUGAGUUGAUUUUUAUUUUAUUCAUUGUCGUCUUUCAGUUCUUCCUGAUUCCUUGGCCAGAGUUUUUGGACCGCAGAACGGAGAAUUGGAUUGGAAGAAUGUUUCGGGUGAAGAGCCCACCAGAUGGCCAUUAUGGUAAGAACGACCUGUUCCUUCAUUUAUUGUGAUCUUCAGGGAGAAGCCGAAAUGGGAGGAUCUGAACAUAUGGGAGGACAUUGAAGGGUCUUGGUCGUCUAGGAAUCCAGGAACACCACUCUCUCAUUCUGAAGAAAAACGACAGAAUGUUGUGUUCGGUAAGAAGAGGUCUUUUUGGAUAAUAUUUCGCUUUUCAGAAUUAUAUGCAACGGAGAAACGUCAUUGUCGGGUCUUGAUAUAUCUCCAGCAAGUAUUCCAAGCCGGGCUCCUCAUCCACAACAUUCUUACUCCUGCCGAAAUUAAAUCCAUUAUUCCGGAUGUCCUGGAUUCUCUGCUCGACUUCCAUCUUCACUUCCUUCGACGAAUUCAGCAACGAAUUGAGGAGAAAAAAGUGGUCGACACAAUCUCGGACAUUGUUGUAGAUGAAUUCAAAAACGGAGAGCAUCGGGCAGCAGCUGUCAAUGCGUACACAGAAUUCUGUUUGGCUAGCCAUGAAGCAGAUAAGUGUUACGCGGAUUUGAUGAACAAGAACAACAAUUUCAAGCAGUUCAUUGAUGUAGGUGCCUGACUGAGUUAAAAUUGUUUUGUAGCAUAUUGACAAAGAUCCCAUGUUUAAGAAGAAUCUCAACUUUAAGUCUUGUUUCCUCCUCAUUACUCAGAGAAUGACUAAAUAUCCGAUGCUCUUGGACCAGGUAAGAUAAUGUAAACUCUCAUUUAUUUUAGUUAUAGAUGGCCAAAUACGAAUCAGGCGAAGAAAAAAACUUGAGUCUACGAGCUUGUGCAGCUGUGAAAGGCUUUGCUUCAAGAGUGGACAAAGAACUCUCAACUCAUAUGCUACACAAGAGGUUCGAUAGAAUCAGAAAUAUGAUAGAAAAAGGUUCCAAAGGAAAUCUUCUAGGAUCAGAAUUUACUGUAAGUUAGUACUUUAAUAUCGAAUGUUUUUUUUCCAGUACGACGAUCUUGUUUUGUCUGGUGAGUCUUACCGAAAAAUCCUUUCGAUUGGUACCGUCAGUUGGAGAAGUCCGAGUCAUCAGAAUUUUGAGUUGAUCAUGCUGUUGUUCGACGAUAUUAUUGUUUUUCUUCAAGGAAGAAAUGAUGUUCUUUACUUCUUCCAACAUAAAGAUCAUGCUUCUGUUCUCCCCUUGAAAGCCACUUUGGUCCGAGAAAUGCCUCGUUCCAAUGAGGUGAUGCUUAUCGUAAUCGACCCCAAGAAACCCGACAUGUACAGACUCGCCUUCAACUCUAAAUCGGAGAUGACUCAAUGGGUUCAUGCUCUGAAAAGUGCGAAUAUUUUGGCUCCGAAAUUCGUAAGAAAGGCAAAUGAUUUGAUCUUCGUGGAAGGUGGCGCCAGAAGUUCCAAUUCCCAAGACUUUUCGAACGAAGAGACAAAGUACACGGAAGAUCUGGACAAAUGGCACGAAGAUCUCGAUAGCCUUUAUAAGGUACGGAGGAACGGCGAAAAUAAGUUGGAAGAGUACAUGGAGGAACAUAUGAAAUUCUUUGAUGACAUCCGAGAACACGUCGCCAAAUUCCCCAUCAGGCCAAGUGUCGACUCAAACGGACAGAAUUCGGUCAGGCAAAGGGAAUUAAGGGAGAUUACCAAGAUGAAGAACCUUCUCAAGGCACAUUUUGCAGAGCUCAGAGCUUACAGAAGAAGUCGAUUAGAUAAAAGUAAGUUGUCCUUUACGCUCAAUUCUAAAUUUACAUGAGUUUAUUCAAGGGAAUGGGGAUUUCAUUCCAGGAAAGACAAGAUUAUUUUGAUUUCUGUGACGUUAAUGUUGAUGAUGUUAUUUCUUGACUAAUCACUCUCAAUUUCAGUGAUCGAACGAGCGGAAAGGUCCCGAGACUCUGAUCUCCCGUCAUAUUAUGAUGAGGUUUAUGAACUUUCCCAUCCUUCAGGCUUUGAAUCAGCAACCUUCUCCUCAUCCUCAGAUGAGAAUGCCCCUUCUACUUCAGAACGAUGUAGAAAACCCCGAAGAGUUAGAACAUAUCAUGGAGAGGAGGACAGCAAACAUCAAGGUAGGUAUUAACAAAUUAAGUAUAUGAGGCAAGGACUGUUUGUAUCGUAUGUUUGAUUGUUUUAGGUGGCGUCCGACGACACACAACUGUACCUCAUGUCAACGAUAAUGAGGAAACCGAAUUCGAACGCCAUUUCGAGCAAGAGCUCCGGAAACUUCCAUUAAAGGUGAAUCAGAAAAGUCGAAGGGCCAUCACGGAUAUGAUCAGGGAAAAUGUUCAACUGAGGAUGGAGAACGAUCGUCUUAGAGAUGAGAAUGCCUUGUAAGGUUUAUUUCGUUCUUGAAGUGUUAUUUGUGUAUCAUAUUAUACUUGAUCUUUUAGAAAAAGCAUACAUCUGAUAGCGCUCAAAGCGCGGAAAAAUCCGUUUGCCGAGACGAAUGAGAAGCUGGAAUCCCUGAGACAAAAGCAAGAAGAAGUUCAGAAUAGAGAAGUCUUAUUCAAAAAGGAGUACGAAAAGAAAAUGGAUGCCCUCCGGAUGCAUGAAGAAGAGCUGAAUGCUAAAGAGGUGAGUAUUAAUGACAUUUCGAUAAAAUCUUAAUCAUUGUUUAUGUAAUAAAUAGGGUGGUUUCUGUCUGAUGAAAGAUAAUUUGUUGUUUGAACAGUAUAUUACACUAGGAGGACAUGAUUUAUCUCCUUUUUAUUGUUCCAAACAUUGCGCAAUCUUUUUAUUGAGAUGUCUUGAGUCUCGGGAUUUGAGGUCGAGAUAAGAGUGGGACUUUACAGCUAAGACAAAUGACUCGUUUGGGCCGAGGUCAUCUUUUUAUGAUUAGGUUGGGCUAAAAGUGUAUGUAUUGAUACGUCCGAACAGAUGGUGUCCAAUGUUUAUUUUACCCAUGUCCCCAGACGUUUAAUAUUUUUUGGGGUCAACGGAUCGGCGGUUACAAAAGAAAAAGAGUCUCGACUUAAUCAUCGAGAGUCAAUCGUCCGAAAGUUGAGAUUGCGCAACAAUCGGAAGUCGGCAUGUAAUCAAUCCCCACUUGUAGACGUAACCACCAAUUACAUGAUCCAUUUCAGGCCGAACUCAAGCAAAAAGAGAUGGAGUUAAUGCUCAGAAAUAACAAUCUUUCGUCCUGCAGUCUUCCUACAGAAUGUCCCGGCACUCCGACAUCAGAAUCCCCUCGGCCCGACCUCAACCGAGAGACCAGCUUUAGACUUGGAGCGGCUAUUUUGGACACCCACAAACCGUAAGGACUUGGCUUUGAUAAGUAUAAAGAUUAUUAUCGUAUAAACAAAUUAUUCGUUUAAAAUGGUUUUCCUUUCAGAACAAUGAUACCUCGAAGUACUCAAAGUUCUACAGAUGUGGUCCCCCGACAUCUUGCGUCCAAGAGCGAGACCAAAUUGGACAAGAACAAGAAAAAGAAAUAG